AUUGCUCACUUCUGGAGCCAGCCCCCAGCGGCAGCCGAGGAACUGCAGCUUUUUGAACGCGGAAGUGAUCCUCACUGCUGAAACCUUCAACUCCCGCCUUGAGAAGACCAUGGCAAAGAAGCUGGUGAUCAUCGACACAGACUGCGGCAUAGACGACGCGCAGGCGAUCAUGAUGGCCCUGGCAGCACCUAACGUCCAGAUCCUGGGAAUUACCUGCGUGUUCGGGAACACCUUAGUGGACAACGUGUGUCAGAACGUUUUGAGGGUUCUCUCGAUCUGUGAGCGCGCGGGGAUUCCAGUGUUUCGAGGUUCUGCUCGUCCUCUGCUUGGAGACAGUAGUUUCCAGCUAGAGGACCACUUUGGAAGUGAUGGACUUGGAAAUGUGAUUGAAGACAAAGAUCCACACUGGGAGGAGAAAAUCCAGAGAGAGCAUGCAGUCAAUGCCAUGAUUAGACUAGCGUCUGAGAACCAGAAGCAGGUCUCUUUGGUGGCCCUCGGCCCGCUCACUAAUCUGGCGCUGGCUGUCAGACUGGAUCCAGGUUUUCCCCAAAAGCUCAAAGAUCUGUACAUUAUGGGUGGCAACAUGGAAGGAAUAGGGAAUGUGACACCAUGUGCAGAGUUCAACUUUGCAAUGGAUCCAGAGUCUGCCUAUGUCGUUCUUGAAGAAUUUCUCUGCCCUACGUACGUCGCGACGUGGGAGUACGCGUGCAGAAAUGCACUGACAUGGGAGUUCUUUGACGAACUGAUCAAUCAGGAUUCACCUGCUGCACGCCUUAUGAAGAUGAUAGUGUCUAAAUGCUGGGCCUACUCCAAAGAAGCUAUGAUGGCUAGGAGAGACGUGUACUUUGGACCUGGCUUUGUGUCUUAUGAUGCCUAUGCAGUGGCAGCCUGCAUUGACAGCAGUGUGGUAACAGAGAGCAUUGAGUGUCCUGUUCGUGUGGAGCUGAAGGGCUCCAUCUCUCGUGGCAUGAUGGUGCUGGAUCGCACAAAUAAGCUGAAGAAGAGCCAUAAUGUUUUUGUUCUGUCAAAAUGUGAUGUUGCCAAGUUUGGUCGGUUACUAAUGGAGUCUGUUAGACAACCACGUAGUAAGUAAACUUUAGUGCCUCGAUGGAAAAUGAGUUUAAAUAUGUAAUUGUAAAUGUAAUUAAGAUGUAUUACUCAUACAGAUGUGAAAUAAAAUAAAUAAGACGUGAGGCACUUAGAUGCUUUCACACAGUGCACUGAAGCUUUUUCACCAAUCUGUAAAUGACAGAUGAAACUCAGGAAAAAUGAAGAGCUAAUUUAAUUCCCUGAAUCAGAAUGUUUUCAGUGUUUCACCUGAAAGGGACUCGUGUAGGACGAGUGCUGGACGCUCUGCCUGUUUUCAAGAAGGAACGUCUGCUCUAACAACUUGGCCAACAGAGAUUAAGGUCCAUUAGAGAACCAUUUCAUUGCAAGUAAAACUCUGAAGAUUUAAGAGGCUUAAAUUAAAACAUUUCAAAGAAAUUAAGUUUUCCAUCUGUGUUUACAGUGACAAUUAAAUGAUGAUGAUGAUGUUUCAGGAAGAAGUGGAAGGAGAUUUAAAAAACAACCAAUCACAGCUUAACAGGCGAGAUCAUGGACAGAGCUGAUGACUGAAAUAUUUUUACUAACUAGAGCAAAUUCUUUAAGUUUUGCAUAAAUUAAAAAUGCUCUGUCAGCUUCAGAAGACCAGAGGAACAGGAAUUUGUGGCUAAAGAAAAAAUCCAUUGUAUGUUUAAAUGAAAUAAAAUAAAAGAUUAAAACAAAAA